CCCACCACCUUAACCAAUCACAUUCACUCUCUCUUUCUCCUCUCCUUCUCUCUCUCUAGAACCUAUUUUUAUUUUUUUUGUUGUAACUUGUUCAGAAUAGCAUAAUUCACUCAAGAAUUGAGAGAAUUAAGUUCUUGUACGUAGAGAUAACAUCUAGGGAAGUUAAAGAUAGGUUCUUUACUAUAAAGUUCACUUUUUUUUUUGUUGAUUGUGGUUUGUAAUCAUUAUCUCCUUAGUGAAAGCUACAGGAAGCAGUGAAAAAAAGAGAUAAGAUUAAUCCCAUUAUUCUUCUAUCCAAGAAAAGACACAUUAACAUGGUGUUUACAUAGAGAGAAAAAAAUAUAUAUAUAGAGAGAGAGAGAGAGUUGUGGUUGGUGUUGAGGUUGUUGAAAGAAGAUGUCAGGUGGUGGUUGUAGCAUAGUAUGGUUUAGAAGGGAUCUGAGAGUAGAAGAUAAUCCAGCUUUAGCUGCAGGAGUAAGAGCAGGAGCAGUAAUUGCAGUGUUUAUAUGGGCUCCUGAAGAAGAAGGUCAUUAUUAUCCUGGUAGAGUUUCAAGAUGGUGGCUUAAACAAAGUUUGGCUCAUCUUGAUUCAUCUUUAAAGAGUCUUGGCACUUCUCUUGUUACUAAAAGAUCUACUGAUAGUAUUUCUUCUCUUCUUGAAAUUGUCAAAUCUACUGGUGCUACUCAGCUUUUCUUCAAUCAUUUAUAUGAUCCAAUUUCACUUGUUAGAGAUCAUCGCGCAAAAGAAAUGUUAACAGCUCAAGGUAUAUCUGUGCGCUCCUUUAAUGCCGAUUUGCUCUAUGAACCAUGGGAAGUUAAUGAUGAAGAAGGUCGCCCGUUCACAACAUUUUCUGCUUUUUGGGAAAAAUGCCUUAGCAUGCCUUAUGAUCCUGAAGCUCCACUUCUCCCUCCUAAAAGGAUAAUACCUGGUGAUGCAUCAAGAUGCUCUUCGGACAGCUUGGUAUUUGAAGAUGAAUCAGAGAAAGGAAGCAAUGCACUUCUUGCUCGAGCAUGGUCACCAGGGUGGAGCAAUGCUGAUAAAGCACUAACUACUUUCGUUAAUGGACCAUUACUUGAAUACUCACAGAACCGCAGGAAAGCUGAUAGUGCGACGACUUCCUUUCUGUCUCCACAUUUACACUUUGGGGAAGUCAGCGUUCGUAAGGUAUUCCAUUUUGUUCGCAUCAAACAAGUUCUCUGGGCCAAUGAAGGAAAUAGAGCUGGUGAAGAGAGUGUCAAUUUGUUCCUCAAGUCCAUAGGACUUAGGGAAUACUCCAGAUACAUGAGUUUUAAUCAUCCUUAUAGCCAUGAAAGGCCGCUGCUUGGUCACCUAAGGUACUUUCCAUGGGUAGUGGAUGAGGGUUAUUUUAAGGCGUGGAGGCAAGGUAGAACAGGUUAUCCUUUGGUUGAUGCUGGUAUGAGAGAGUUAUGGGCAACGGGCUGGCUACAUGAUCGUAUCAGAGUCGUGGUAUCUAGUUUCUUUGUGAAGGUUCUGCAGCUUCCGUGGAGGUGGGGAAUGAAGUAUUUUUGGGACACAUUGUUAGAUGCAGAUCUUGAGAGUGAUGCUCUUGGUUGGCAAUAUAUCUCUGGUACCCUACCUGAUGGUCGUGAGUUUGAUCGAAUUGAUAAUCCACAGUUCGUGGGAUACAAGUGUGACCCUCAUGGGGAAUAUGUGCGACGGUGGCUUCCUGAACUGUCUAGGCUUCCCACUGAAUGGAUACACCACCCGUGGAAUGCACCAGAAUCUGUACUUGAAGCUGCUGGCAUUGAGCUGGGUUCCAAUUAUCCUCUUCCCAUCGUCGAAAUUGAUGCAGCAAAAGUAAGACUAGAACAAGCCCUAACACAAAUGUGGCAGCACGAAGCAGCUUCACGAGCUGCGAUUGAGAAUGGUAUGGAAGAAGGACACGGCGACUCUGCUGACUCCCCAAUAGCAUUCCCUCAAGCCAUGCAUAUGGAAAUGGACCACGAACCAGUUAGGAACAAUAACCCCGUUAUAGUUACUGUUCGACGCUAUGAAGAUCAGAUGGUCCCAAGCAUGACAUCGUCUUUGUUCAGAGUUGAUGAUGAAGAAACCUCAGUGAAUAUCAGAAAUUCAGUAGUGGACACUAGAGCAGAAGUUCCAAACGACGUCAAUGUAACUGAAGGUCCUAGGAGAGACACACUCGACCAAGCCGUCACACAACCAGCUCGAACAAACGCCACUCCGCCACAGUUUAAUUUUGUGGUUGGUAGGAGAAAUUCUGAAGAUUCUACAGCAGAAUCUUCCAGUAGUACUAGAGAAAGGGACGGGGGUGUAGUUCCUGUAUGGUCUCCCUCAAGUACUAAUUAUUCCGACCAAUAUGUUGGUGAUGACAAUGGUAUUGGGACCAGUUCAUCUUACUUGCAAAGGCAUCCACAGUCUCACCAGCUAAUGAACUGGCAGCGGCUUUCUCAAACAGGGUGAUCGAUCAUACGUGAGGAGUUACGAUAGCUACAAGGUGGAGAAGCGAGUGGCUAAUCCGGCCAUUUGGCUCAGCACAUUUAGUGCCAUAUUCUCUAAUUGAUCAGGUGGUUUUGUCUGGAAUUUCUUCCACAUCUCUCGGGCAACCCCAUUUCCCUGUUGUACAAUAUAUGUGUCUCUGCUGUAUAGUAUAGAAGUCCUGAUUUAGGCCAAAUAAGUGUCAGAAAGGGGUUCAGAGUCCUCUAUCAACCUCACAUUUGUUCUGCUAUUAAGUUUUGAUGGCAAUAACUUAUUACCUAAGUACUGGCACUGAUUAGAAGAACAUUGUGGAUAUCUUAGUCUUAAGCUCUGUUUGACAGAUGUACAUGUGGUUUAAACAGCUUCAUCUCAUGUUUUUGUUGUCAGUACAUUUGUCACUUAUUCUAUAAGAUUUCUUGUUUGAACAUUUUUAUUGUUUUGCUGUGGACAGUUGGGUCUACAAAAAAUGAAAGUUGUAAGGUGAGUUGUUAA